UAUCUUUGUAGUCACUGAUGACGUAGGAUAAUCAAGUUACUCUGAUCUCUUGUGUUUCUAAAUCGUGUAGUCACUGUGGGAAACUAGCAGACUUUCAUUACUAGGGGUUUUACAAGUUCUAGCAGUUAGGAUUAUAUCACAGCACCGCCAUCAUGUCUAUUAUGUCCUAUAAUGGAGGGGCCGUCAUGGCCAUGCGGGGGAAGAACUGUGUGGCCAUAGCGUCAGACCGGAGAUUUGGCAUUCAGGCUCAGAUGGUCACCACAGACUUCCAAAAGAUCUUUCCCAUGGGAGACAGGCUGUACAUCGGGCUGGCUGGAUUGGCUACUGAUGUUCAGACAGUAGCCCAGAGGCUUAAAUUCAGACUGAACCUCUAUGAGCUGAAGGAGGGUCGCCAGAUCAAGCCCAAGACCUUCAUGAGCAUGGUGUCCAACUUGCUGUAUGAAAGGAGGUUUGGGCCGUACUACAUUGAGCCUGUGAUUGCUGGGCUAGAUCCUAAAACCUUGGAGCCGUUCAUCUGCUCCUUGGAUUUGAUUGGCUGCCCCAUGGUAACAGAAGACUUUGUUGUGAGCGGCACCUGUUCAGAGCAGAUGUAUGGCAUGUGUGAAUCAUUGUGGGAGCCAGACAUGGAGCCGGAGGACCUGUUUGAGACCAUUUCCCAAGCAAUGCUGAACGCAGUUGAUAGAGAUGCAGUGUCUGGCAUGGGAGUCGUUGUACAUGUCAUUGAGAAAGACAAGAUCACCACACGGACCCUGAAAGCCAGGAUGGACUAGAGCUGCUGUUUCUCCUCACACUUCACCAACACAAAUGUUUUGUACACAAAUAACAAUGCUUGUUCUUUUUUCUUAAUGAUAUUGUUCAAUAAAUGAACACAGGUUUAAACAGUGAA